ACAAAGAAGUAAAAGACGAAGGGGAGGUACUCUGCUUACUGUUAUUUCUCAACAUGGCUCUCGUUCCUUAUGUUGAGAAUUCGCUACCUGCGCUUUCGAAGCUCCACAAUUCUUCAGCUCAGUUUAGUUUCGCCAGUCACCAGCUGCGUCUCUCUCAGGACUGGAAAAAGUUUGGAGUAGCAGCAGUUGUGUGGGAUGCGGCAGUUGUCAUGUGCAUGUACCUGGAGCUGGGGAAGGUGGAGCUGAAGGGCAAGGCGGUGAUCGAACUGGGAGCUGGAACUGGACUGGUGGGGAUUGUUGCAGCUCUACUGGGUGCCAAAGUGACUAUCACUGAUAGAGAGGCUGCACUGGACUUCCUCUCUGCCAAUGUGAAGGCCAACCUGCCUGCAGACUCCCAGGAAUCAGUGACAGUGUCUGAGCUGACCUGGGGCGAGAAGCUUGACCUUUACCCAGCAGGAGGAUUUGACCUUGUGUUGGGAGCGGACAUAGUUUACCUGGAGGACACGUUUGUGGCGCUGCUGCAGACCCUGGAGCACCUGUGCUCGGACACCACUGUGGUACUGCUGGCCUGCAAGAUCCGCUAUGAGCGGGAUACAGACUUUUUAAGCAUGCUCAGACAACGGUUCACGGUCGAUGAGGUCUACUAUGAGAGAGAAAGGGACAUCCAUAUUUACAAAGCACUGAAACUGCCACACAGGAGGGAUUUGUGACCACUGAGUUGCGUGUCCUAACUGCUUUGUAAUAAUUUCUCAGAGUUGUAGAUGAAUUAAAUACAUUUUAAAAUCAUGUGCAAGUGAUGAUUAGUAAUGAUAAUGUGGUAGUUCUCUUGUUGUUGUUCUUCCUCAGAAGUGGCUUCUUUGCAUCCCAGUUGAUGUUGAGAUGUGUCUGGUACUUGAACUCUGAAGAAUUCACGUGGGCUCAAAUCUGAGGUGCUCUUAAUUUGCAGUUUCUGAGGCUGGUAACUCUGAUGAACUUGUCCUCUGCAGCAGAGGUAACUCUUGGUCUUCCUUUCCUGGGGCGAACCUCAUGAGAGCCACUUCCAUUACAGCGUUUGAUGGUCUUUGCAACUGUAACUUGAGGAUAUGAUCAAGUACUGAUGGACUGUCGUUUCUCUUUACUUAGUCGAGUGGCGGUUUAACACUUUUUUGUUUACUACUCAAGUCUGUGUUCCUUCAUAGUUUGGAUGUCUUCAGUAUUAAUCUACAAUGCAAAAAAAAUAAAGAAAAACCAUUGAAUGA